AUGUCGCUGCCCUUCCCAUCCAACCGCUUCGGGCCCAGCUUCACCCUGGGCCCGUCCUCGAGCUCGACGGCGACAGAGGCCACGAGAACGGCCGAGGCGACGACCUUUCCCACGGGCGCCCCCAACGGCGGCGCCCCCUCCGACAGCGGGCCCGCCUUCCCGAACAACAUUCUCCAGCAGUCCGGCCUGACCCCGGGACAGGUCAUCGGCCUCAGCGUGGGCGCGACGGCGGGCCUGGUCUUCUUCAUCGUCGCCCUCGGCUGGGUGUGGAACUGGAGGAGGGAACGGCAGCUUGCGAGGCGGGACGCGGCGCUGGCGACGACGCUGCAGGGGGCCGACCCGGAGAAGCCCGACGGCGCCAUCGCCGCGCAGCACACCGGCGAGACGAUAGAGCUGCCGGCGCCCAGGGGACUGCACGAGAUGCCGGAGACGCAACAGGGACCCGCCAUCGAGUUGCCCGCGCCGGUUGAGAGGUCGGAGUUGCCUGGAUGA